AUGCAAGGGAGCAGCAAGAUGCCUCACACCCGAAACUCUUCAUCUCUGACUAGCAGCACUUCCUAUGAAGCACCAGCACUAUCAGAUCUCCAGCAGCUGCUGUGGCUCAGAGGAGGCUCUGAUAAUCAUGUGGACCAAGUCUGGCCAAAUAUCUACCUGGGAGAUGCGUGGGCUGCUAGGAGCAAAACUACACUUCAAAGCCUCAACAUUACUCAUAUCCUUAAUGCAGCAGAUGGACCAUAUAGCAUCAACACAGGAGCCAAAUAUUACACAGAUCUGCAAAUAGAGUACUAUGGAGUAGAAGCAUUUGAUGAUCCUUCCUUCGAUUUAAGUACCUUCUUCUAUGACGCUGCCAAUUUCAUAGGCAAGGCCUUAAACUCACCAGGAGGUAAGGUGUUCGUUCAUUGUGCCAUGGGAGUGAGCCGCUCAGCAACUUUAGUGCUUGCCUUUUUAAUGAUCCAUGAAAACAUGACACUUGUGGAUGCUCUGAAGACAGUGAGUGCUCACAGAAACAUCUGCCCAAAUUCGGGGUUCCUCAGCCAGCUCCGGGACUUGGACAUUAAAUUGAAUGAAGAGAGGAAAGGAACCAGAGCAUCUGCUACCAAAGGCCUGUAAGAGAGUAUUGCUGAAAGAAAGAGGACAAAAUCUUGUUUGAGUUGCCUGUAUCUCUUACAGAUGAACUGCAUUUAUAAAUUUAGGACACAAGUUUAUGAGACACCAGGAUGCAUGUUAUUAAUAAAAGUAGAUUUUGCUUAAUCUUUCCAUUUUGCAAAGCUUUCAUAGAUUUAUAUUUAUGGUUAGUUGUAUACUCUAUCCUUCACUCUCCACCUUAAAACACUGCUGUCUGCAAGUUUGAAAGGGAAAAAAAAAAAGAAAGAAAAAAAAGAGAGAGAUCGGGUUCCACUUCAGAAAUAGCUGUGUUUCAGCAACUAGUGAAGCUCAUAUCACUUUAUGAAGUGUUAGGCUAUUUGAGGUGAAAGAUGCCAUAUUAUUUAUGACAGUAAUGCUUAGAAGUUUUCUUAUGAACCCA